AUGGCAUCUCCCGAGCUCGCUUCCACUUACGCUGCUUUGAUCCUCGCCGACGAGGGCAUUGAGAUUUCUAGCGACAAGAUUGUCGAGCUCACCACUGCCGCCGGCUCUCCCGUUGAACCGAUCUGGGCGACCCUGCUGGCAAAGGCUCUCGAGGGCAAGGACAUCAAGGACAUGCUUACCAACAUUGGUACUGCUGGUGCUGCCGCCCCUGCCGCUGGCGGUGCCCCUGCUGCCGGCGGUGCCGCCGCCCCUGCCGACGCCCCUGCUGAGGAGAAGAAGGAGGAGGAGAAGGAAGAGUCUGAUGACGACAUGGGCUUUGGUCUCUUUGACUAA